UUUGCUUGUCCAUGUAAUUAUGUUUCAAGGACUUCAUGUCGAAGCGCGUCUACGUGUCUAUAUAUCGGUGGCUCGAAAGGAUCCAAUCCCCCAUGUGUUCAUUGGGGGUCCAGGCUCUGGCCAUCGGAAACCACAUCCACGUCCUUGGAGGAUCAGAUCUUUGCGCAGCUGUACUAUGGCUUUCGUUAACAGGCCAAGUCGUAAUUCAGCCCGAUGUCUCGACAAGUAUCAAGCAACGAUCAUGAGACACUGUGCAUCACUAUAGAUGACAGCCCAUUCCGUUUUGCGGGUCCAGGAUCACGGAAGCAUCUGGGGGACUAGAAGUCCUUGCGCGGGUACGAUUGCGCAAGGUAUUCUAGCGGGUGAUAGCAAUGUGCAGUCACUUUCGAAAUACUCGCCGCAGCUAGUGGCCCUGUCGCCUCGAGACAAGCCAUUAGAUGUCGAAUGAGAAACAUCUAGUUCCUCUCGGUAUGCACCGAUGUUUGACGGCCGAAAUGAGCUCGCAGACAGCAGAAGGAGCGAUGAGUGUGAAGAAGUCGACACAGGGAAGCCGUGACGUCGACGGGCAGGGACUCAGGGAGCAAUCCCAAGGACUAGAAGCAGUCGGCACGAAGAUCGAUGGGGUUGAGGAGGUUAUAAGCUGGCUCUAGCGUGCCCAGAAAGCUUAUUCUUUCUAGCUUUGUUCAAAUUUUCGUCGUGAGCGUUCGUCAUAAACUGUAAUCGACUCUGUUUGGACUUGUGUUCCUGGCUGACAGUCGUCUCCAGGGCGUUAACCUUUCUCCGACUGUGACGACAACGGCGGCGAGGUGAAAAUCGAGUGUCAGGCGAAUAUUCAGCGGCUCGUCCUCACCUUUACAUACAACGAUGUCGCAGCCCAGCCAGUUGCCUGCUACUCCCGGCUCACUUCCGAAUUCGAGCGGGGUCCGCAGACACCAUACGAUCUCGGCUGCUUCCAGAGCAGCACGCAACAGCGCCAUAUCGGAAGAAGCUGCUCAAGAGCAGCACUGGAACGAUGACGAUGAGGCUGUCGGAGAGGACUGGGUAGGCGGCGUGGGUGCUGUGGGCGAAAAAUCGGGACUCCACCGGCAGGCUUCUCUCCCGACAAGAUACCACCGAGGUAGCUCAUUGCACUUCCUAUUUUUCUGUGAGCUCCCAUCUAUUUUCAGCCUUCCAACCUCAGGUUUCUGCGCUCUCGAGGUCCGGAAGUUUGACGGCCAAGAACAGUUUGAGUGCCAUCGCCGGGCAUGAAGGCGAUGAAGACGAUUGGGAGGGCGAUAUCCCCUAUGCAGUGGAAGAUAGUCAUGUCACAGGAGAAGAAUUGGAUCCCACCUCUCCUCUUUCCCCGCAUGACGGCCCUUCCCCACCGGCUGCUGGUGCCGGUGUCCGCCGUCACCAGUCUCUUACAUACGGCGCGGCUGCUCGCCAAGCACAGAAGAUACCUGUGACAGGCCUCCGUCGGUCUGGAACGUUGCAGACCCCCCUGCCUCCCCAUCCUCCACCUGCCAAUGCGACAGAAGCUCUCGAACAAGAGCAGGAGGAAUUUGUUUAUCAAGAUGAUCCAGGCGACUUCGACGAGUCUGAAUAUUAUCCCAAACAAGCUGGUCCCGCCAGUCCCGUCAACCGUCUCUCGCCCUGGUCAACGAAUGCCGGUGACUGGCGCGCCCCGAGCAACGGUUUCGCACCAGCCAACGUCGAUGAUGUCCAACGGGCUCUGUCUGCAUUGGAAAUUGGGGCUGGGUACGCGGGCAACGGGAACGCAUACGUUGGCGGCCAGAGCACCCAUCCUCCUCGAUUCAACCCAGCACACCCGCCUCCAGCUCAGGCGCCGGGCAUGCGAAGUGCCGGGGGCGGGAAUGGGAACGGAAAUACCGGGAACGGCAAUGGGGGCCGUAAGAUGGGAGAAUUCGACGGCCGCAAGACACCGAUUGGGCAGCAGCAGCAGCAACAGCAGCAGCCAGGACCUCCGUAUCAGCCGUACAGUGGUGCCUGGGACCAGCAGAAGGACCCGUCGUUGCGCUUGCGCACGUCCAAUCCGAACCUCCGAUACAGCUAUCAGCAACAGCAAUCCAGUAAAGACCAACCGGUGCCGCCCAUCCCCGCACAGUACAUGCAACCACCUCGGCCAACGCAGCAAAACUUUGGCGGCUCCCCUGUCGACGUGCCUAGCCUUAUCGCGGCGAAAGGCUACAACCCAGCGACGUUCGAACUUAGGCCACAGUACGCCCGGUAUUUCGUGAUCAAAUCUUACACGGAAGACGAUGUGCACAAGUCUCUUAAGUACGAGAUUUGGAGUUCGACGGAGCCUGGCAACAAGCGGUUGGACAAGGCAUUCAAGGAGUGUAACGGACGAGGCCCAAUCUACCUUUUCUUCAGCGUGAACGCGAGUGGCCACUUCUGCGGUAUGGCAGAAAUGCUCACGGCUGUAGACUACACGCGAAGCAGUACUGUCUGGGCAUCUGACAAGUGGAAGGGCGUUUUCAAAGUCCGUUGGAUAUACGUUCGCGAUAUCCCCAACUUGAAUCUCCGUCAUAUUAAGCUCAUGAAUACAGCUGAACGAAAACCCGUCACGAACUCGCGGGACACACAGGAGCUGCUUGCUGAAGCAGGGCAAGAAAUGCUUCGGAUCAUCCACACGCACCCUGCCCGGACUUCUCUGCUGCAGGACUUUGCGUUCUAUGAGCUCCAAGCGAUGCAAAAAGUGGCGCAAGGGAGUCCUUCGCCCAGUAGCCCGACGAGCAGUGCUGGGGCACCGACACAUUCUCCACAAAUGUCACCGCCGAUGGCUCCCGCUCAGUUCCCGCUGAACCCAAAUGCAUUUAUGGUGCCGCAGAUGACGCCGAUGGUGCAAAUGCAGCUCAUGGGGAUGAACAUGGGCAUGGGUGCCGCAUCGAGCCAGUUCCAGGCGAUGCACCAGAGUGUCAUGCGGCACCCAAGCCCUGGGCCCAGCGGAGAAGGCUUUGGCCACAACGGGUUCUGAUUUGUCACGACCGAACUGCACGAACCGUCAUGUUCUCUUCUUGCUUUCCCAUCUAUGCCAACGAACACAAUAAUGUAUGCACUUUGUAUCUGCACGGAAGGACUGGUUACCGGAGCUACUUACAAGUGUCUCGAAUGCUGUACCACCACCUGCUUGUAAUAUUUCAUGCCUUACAGUACUUGUGAGCUUAUAUGCCCUGGAUUCCGACGCUCCUGCGCUGCUUAAAAACUAAAUUUAGAAGACCGUCCUACGCGACUGAAUUGAUUUAUGUGUUCACA